AUGCCUAUUUCAAGGUCAAAUAUUAUACCGUAUAGUAGAUCAUACUCGAGUUUAUUUGAUUUAUUUAGCCCAAUAUCGUUUAAACUGUUUCGUCAAAACAACCCCAAUGAACUAAAAGAACAGUCAAUAUUUCAUACGACCUGCAAGGAACCAGUUAUUAAAUCGUUAAAUGCUCAUUCCAAAGGUGAAGAAUAUGUAACAAGUGAGAAGGUAAAUAACAUAAAUAACAACAUUAGUUCUAAAACGCUUGUAAACUCUGCUAGUACUAUAUUCUACGAUUUAGAUGAUAUUGCUAAAAGACAUUCAUUUCAUUGUAUACCUGAGCUCGGACAAUCUGUAGCAAACUUAAAUUUAUUAAAAGUUAUGAGAAUGAAGAUAAAGCACAAUACAUUCGUUGGGCAACCUAACGCUAUUGUCCAAGAAUGUGCAACACAAAUGAAACCUAAGUUAUUGCCACGUGACAGUAACGAGAUCCGUUCCAAAAAGGUCAAGAAAAAAAUCUCUAAAAAUCCAGUGAUAUCCUCUGAAAUUUUUCUAAGAGAUGACGAAUACGGUCUAGACAAUGGAACCAAUGACUAUUACAUUAAACAUGGGGUUCAAAGACCACAAAAAUUUUGGUCCUAUUCUAAAUACCGUACUGAGUACACAAGAUCAAUGCCGAAAGAAAAAAAGCUAAAGCACAGCAGAGAUACCGGAAAGCACAACGAAGAUCCUUGUCCAUGUCAAUUAUUUUCUUAUGCAUGCCCUUGCACUGACAAAAAGUCACUUACUGGAUUGGCAAAGCAUACUAAGUCUAUGACUAUGAAUAAUCAAAAUACUAGUACUUCAAAAAUUAUAGCUGUUGAUCGCAAAGAUAAUAAAUCAAACAAUAAUAAAAUUAAAAAGAAUAAGCAAGACACUGUGCGAGAAGACAAGCCCACAAAUACAAGCGUGGCAGAGCUAAUUGAAGCAAUGGUUCAAAAUGAAUCUGAUGUACCAAUUCAACAAAAUCUACCAACGUAUGCUCAAAAUAGAGAAAAUAUCAUUCCCGAUCAAGGUAAAGUCCUUAAGAAUAGUAAAAAUAACAAUAAACCGAAAAUUCAAAAGAAACCAAGAAAAAUAUUAUGUCCUAACUGUAACGAAGAAGUUGAUAUCGUAGUUAGUACGAGUACCACAGAAGAAGAAGAAAGUUUAAAAUAUGAGAACUCUAUGAUAAAUAGUCAUGAGAUACCGUCUACCGCAGCGUACACCUAUAGAGCGUCACCUACGACAGUCAGAACUAAACAUACAGAUGAUGAUUUAUGCGUUCAUAAUCCCCCUUGUGAAAUAUUACCUAUAUGUCAGAUUUUACCCAAUGAAUUUUAUAAUAUGAAUCAGAAAUGUCUCAAAAAUAACUCUUCAGUGAAAGCCACUCCACGUGUUAUCAGAAUAACUAAGGCAUGCAGACAUCAUCCGCCUUGUACAGUCGUUCCAUCAUGUCAAAGAGCGAAUGUUUUAAACAACAAUUGUGAAUAUAUACCGCCUUGUUUGCAUCGUCCACGUUGCGUUAAUCUACCACUUUGUGUCCCAUUUUCUAAAAGUCUACAUUACGAAGAAGGACAACCAAAAUUCGUCGAUGAUAUUGCAAACUCAGAAUGUCCACAUAUUCCGAGAUACGUUAAGCAGAUGGGCAAAUACGGCAAAAAUAUUCACACUUUGCGAUGUGAGGAUAAAUCUACGAAUCCAAUAACGGGAGCAGAAACUUCAUUUUCGACGGCCUCAAUCACAUCUAUAGAUUCUGAAUGUCCGUCUCAUGGACGGCGAGUCAACCAAUACUUGCAAAGAACUCGGUCUCCAUCAGGUUUUCGGCCUCAUGCGGCCUAUGUCACCGCAUUUUCAGCUGUCAAAGGCCCUCAGAAUAUUAAAUAUAAUGGUAUCAACAAAUCGCACGUUCCAGAAAAUCGCGAUUGUCAGGACACUUAUCCAGUUAGAUGCCAUAGAAGCUUUAUAAAGGGUAAAUAUAAAAAGAUGUUUUCAUUGUCACGAAGAAGAAAAUCUAGACUAAGUAAUCAUCUUGUUAAUCAUAAUCCUAAAAAAACCUGCCUAAUUAAGCACUCAUAA